AUGGCUUGUUCUUCGGCAGAGAAGGUCGAUCAUUCCGAUAUUCCAGGACCUCUAGGAUGUAAAUACGAUGAUUCCCUCAGUGAGCUACAUAUCCAGCUGGUAGUGCCAGGUAUCAAAGAGAAGACUUUCAUGAAAGCUUCAAAUACCCAAGUGUUCCUGAAAAGCGAUGCACAGAGUCUCAGUUGCAACAUUGAAAUAAUUAAAGUCAAUAAGCGAACGAGACCACCUACAAAAACGGUUAUUGAUAGGCGAUACUAUGAGGUAAGCUUCUGA